AUGCCGCACGCCUCACCUUGCCUGCUGCGAUGGUUUGAAACUCGAAUGUCAGCAGCACGACCCGUCAUCGGCGGCACGUUCACGACCUGUCAUCGGUCACUUGCCGCCGUCGGCCACGACAAGUACUCCGUACAGCAAGUAAGUACCUGUACAGUAAUCGGUACGUACAUUGGUGUACCUAGGAGGGAGUUUGCUCGAGAUGACACCGUCUUCUUUGCACCGCAAGAUGCAUCUCCCAUCGACAACCCACACCCUCAUCCCUCCCAGAGCCCGUGCCCGUGCCCGCGCGUGAAAAGUUUGCCGUCGAGGCCGAUGGCAGACCCGUUCGUGCCAAACUCGCCGGCGUCGCCGCGCCCCUCGCGCGCCGGCAUCGUCAUCUUCUCGGGCGGCAGCGCCGCCAACAGCCUCGUCGACGUCUUUGAUCGAGUCCGCAAGGCCAACGGCGCCUCCCUCAGCUAUGUCAUGCCCAUCUCGGACAACGGCGGCAGCACGAGCGAGAUCAUCCGCGUCUUCGGCGGUCCAGGCAUCGGCGACGUGAGGUCGCGGCUCGUCCGGCUCAUCCCCGACGACGACGACGCCGAGACGGUGGCCAUCAAGCACUUCUUCAACCAUCGGCUGCCCCAGGCCCACGACGAGGCCCGCGCCGAGUGGUUUCGCAUCCUCGAGGCCACGCACCCGCUCUGGACGGACAUCUCGUCGCCCAAGCGCGAGCUCAUCCGCUCCCACCUCAACAGCUUCCACCUCGAGGCCGUCAAGCGCAUGCGGCCCACCAGCCGCUUCGACUUCUCCCAGGCGAGCAUCGGCAACCUCUUCCUCACCGGCGCCCGCCUCUUCACCGGCAGCUUCGAGGCGGCCAUCUACCUGCUGAGCUCCCUCUGCGCCGUGCCCGUCCGCGUCGCCGUCCUGCCGGCGCUCAACACCAACUUUGCCCACCACAUCGCCGCCGGCCUCGAGGACGGCAGCGUCAUCACGGGCCAGAACGACAUCUCGCACCCGAGCGCGCCCACGGCCGCCGUCCCGGGCACGGGCACGGGCGCCCACACGCCGGCGCCCUCGGUCGGCCACGACACCGAGGAGCACGACAGGAUCGAGGACGCGAACCUGCCGGGCUCCCUGCCGGCGCUGCGACGGCCGGCCAUUGUCUUCUCCAAGGAGGAGGAGGAGGAUCUCGCGGCGCGCAUCGACAGGAUCUGGUACAUCAACCCGUACGGGCAGGAGAUUCGCAUCCCCGCCAACCCGCGCGUCCUCGACGCCGUCGCCGGCGCCGGCACCGUCAUUUACAGCAUCGGCUCGCUCUUCACCUCGCUCGUGCCGAACCUCGUGCUCAAGGGCGUCGGCGAGGCCGUCGCGAGCCCGCUGAUACGGAACAAGAUUCUCGUGCUCAACGGCACGACGGAUCGCGAGACGGGACCGGCCCAUCGGCCCUUUACGGGGCUCGACUUUGUCGCCGCCAUCGCCAACGCGUGCGCCGACUCGCGGGGCGUGCCUCGGCCGACCGAGGACGAGUACUGCCUCUACGUCACCCACGUCAUCCACCUAGAGGGCCCGGCCGCUCCCCAGGUCGACAAGCAGCGGCUCGCGCGGCUCGGCAUCGACAGCACGCGUCUGUACGGGCCCAGGGAUGCGCUCGGUCGCGGCGGCCGGUACGACGCAAACGCCCUCGGCCAGACGCUGGAAUACAUUGUCGGCUGCAAGGAUGCGCGGGCCAGCCGGAGUCGUCGCAACACGUUGGAACACUGA